CGCCCCCACAGCGCCACCCUUCCAGGACUAGCGAGGGGCAGAGGCUAGGCGCUCUCCGGAAUCGCUUCCUGCUCUAGGGAGCUGUGCAAGUCUGGAACUCAGGUCCGGAAAACAAGCGCUUCCUGGCGAUAGGCAAGCUGCGAAACUGCCGGCAGCAGUGAGGUCACGGUCUGCGUGUCCAGCGCCUCCACUUGGUCCGCCCAGGGGCAGCUGACGCCGAGGAGCCGAGACCGCCAGGGAGGGGAGGACUGAGCAGUGAGGGUUGUCUGUAGGAAGGCCUGACUGGUGUCUCCUGGAAAGGUGUCACCCGCCAGCUGGAUGACCGUGUUUCUACCUGCAGGGACUCCUGUCCCCUGAUGCUGGCCAAGUGUGGAAAGAAGGGGCAAGGCUGAGCAUGGACCAGCGGGAGGCUUGGCUUCCUGUACCUACAGAAAAUGAAGUGAAAUAUGACACCAGUAACAAUGAAGAGGAGGAGGAGGGAGAGAGAUUUGACUUUGACAGUGGAGAUGAAGUUCCAGAAGCAGAUCGGCAAGCCCCGCCUCCCCACAUGACAAGAGGAGCCGAAGCAGGAAAUGGAACUGGAGCAGAAACCACCCCAGUGUCAGAACCUGCCAAACUCAUGGUCCCAACAAAAGUGAACCCGUAUUCAGUCAUCGACAUCACACCAUUCCAGGAGGAGCAGCCACCAUCCCCAGAUGCAAAUACAGAGGAAGAAGGUGUGGGCCUGCGUGUGCCCAGUGGGUACUCAGUACCUGUGCCCUGUGGCUAUGCUGUGCCGUCCAACCUGCCACUGCUGCUGCCUGCCUACUCUAGCCCUGUCAUCAUCCGGACAGAGUCUGUAGAGGAUGAAGAAGCAGGAGACGUUGCAGAAGAUGGCCAGCGUCGUUCCCUGAGUUCUGAGGACCCUCCACACAGUGAUGAUCAAGGUGGCCAAGAAGGCAAUGCCCUGGCCCGAUGGGUGGCAGAUCCCGCCAACACAGCAUGGAUGGAAAAUCCAGAGGAAGCAAUUUAUGAUGAUGUCCCAAGGGAAACCUCGGACUCUGAACCAGAUGAAAUGAUUUAUGAUGAUGUGGAAAAUGGAGAUGAAGGUGGAAACAGCUCAUUGGAGUAUGGAUGGAGUUCUAGUGAAUUUGAAAGCUAUGAAGAGCAAAGUGACUCAGAGUGCAAGAAUGGAAUUCCCAGGUCCUUCCUGCGUGGCAGCCACAAAAAGCAACUCUCUCAUGACCUAACCCGCUUUAAGGCGCACUGUGAGGAAAAGAUGAGAGGCUUGGUGGCCAGCACGGUGGGAGCCGUGGAGGUGCAGCAAGCAAGGCACAGGCAGGAGCGGAAGAUGCAAAAGCUCAUGAAGGCAGCCAAGGAGGGUACCAAAGAUGGACUUGAAAAGACCAAAGCUGCUGUGAAGAGAGGCCGCUCCUUCAUCAGGACCAAGUCUUUUAUCUCUCAAGGUUGUAAGAAGAUAUGUUCUGGGUUCCAUUGUUGAAAGUGAAAAGAACUAUGUGGCUGCUCUUAAAAGGAUCCUGGAGCAAUAUGAGAAGCCACUGUCAGAGAUGGAGCCUCGGCUUCUGAGUGAGAGGAAACUCAGGAUGGUGUUCUAUCGCGUCAAAGAGAUCCUGCAGUGCCACUCCAUGUUCCAGAUUGCACUGGCCAGCCGAGUGUCUGAGUGGGAUGCCGUGGAAACGAUCGGUGAUGUCUUUGUGGCCUCGUUUUCCAAGUCCAUGGUGCUGGACGCCUACAGUGAGUAUGUAAAUAACUUCAGCACAGCUGUGGCAGUGCUCAAGAAAACGUGCGCCACAAAGCCCGCUUUCCUUGAGUUUUUAAAGCAAAGCCAGGAGUCCAGUUCAGACAGAGUCACACUCCACAGCCUGAUGAUGAGGCCCAUCCAGAGGUUCCCACAGUUCAUCCUCCUGCUGCAGGACAUGCUGAAGAAUACGGCCAAAGGACAUCCCGACAGGCUGCCCCUUCAGAUGGCACUGACAGAGCUCGAGACUUUAGCAGAGAAGCUGAAUGAAAGAAAAAGAGAUGCUGACCAGCGCUGCGAAGUCAAACAGAUUGCAAAGUCCAUAAAUGAAAGAUACCUGAACAAGCUCCUCAGCAGUGGAAAUCGGUACCUCAUCCGCUCCGACGAUGUCAUUGAAACAGUUUACAAUGACAGGGGAGAAAUUGUUAAGACCAAAGAACGCCGACUCUUCAUGUUGAACGAUGUGCUGAUGUGCGCUACGGCCAGUUCCCGGACUUCUCAUGAAAGCCAUGCUGUGAUGAGCCAGAGGUAUCUGCUUAAGUGGAGUGUCCCUCUAGGACAAGUGGACGUGAUCGAGUACAGCAGCAAUCCUGGCUCAGGGGAGCACAACAGGCACUCCGCCGCACACUCACCAGAAAGCCUGGCUGUGAUGGCUAAUGUGAAGCCACACAAAGUCUACAUGGGGCCAGGGCAACUGUAUCAGGAUCUACAGAAUCUACUGCAUGACCUGAAUGUAGCCGGACAGAUCUCACAGCUGGUCGGAACUCUCCGAGGGAGCUAUCAGAACUUAAACCAGUCAGUAGCUCAUGAUUGGACAUCAGGGUUACAAAGACUGAUUUUGAAAAAAGAAGAUGAAAUCAGAGCUGCUGACCGCUGCAGAAUUCAGUUACAGCUCCCAGGGAAGCAGGAUAAGUCCGGGAGGCCCACCUUCUUUACUGCCGUGUUCAAUACGUUUACCCCGUCCAUCAAGGAGUCCUGGGUCAGCAGCCUGCAGAUGGCCAAGCUGGCACUAGAGGAGGAGAACCACCUGGGCUGGUUCUGUGUGGACGAUGAUGGCAACCUAGCAAAGAAGGAGACGCACCCUCUUCUGGUGGGACACAUGCCCGUGAUGGUGGCCAGGCAGCCAGAGUUCAAGAUUGAAUGUGCAGCUUAUAACCCCGAGCCUUACCCGAGCAACGAUGGUCAACCAGAUUCACUUUCCACAGCACGAGGCUUCCUGUGGAUUGGAAGUUGUAGCAAUCAGAUGGGUCAAGUCGCCAUAGUCUCCUUUCAGAGUUCCAACCCCAAAGUCAUCGAGUGCUUUAACGUGGAGUCACGCAUCCUGUGUAUGGUAUAUAUUCCUGCAGAGGAGCUGCAGCCAGGAGAGCCCCGUGAAACCAUGGAUCCCCAGGCCACAGCCACAAGAGCUUCCCAUGUCCCCACGAUCUGCCUGGGCACCGAAGAGGGAAGUAUUUCCAUUUACAAAAGCAGCCAGGGCUGCAAGAAAGUGAGACUUCAGCACUUCUUCACUCCCGACAAGUCCACGGUCCUGAGCUUGGCUUGCUCACCCCAGGGCCUGUACGCUGGCCUGGUCAAUGGGUCAGUGGCCAGCUACACCAGGGCUCCAGAUGGAUCCUGGAACUCAGAACCUCAGCAGGUGAUCAAGUUGGGCGUCCUACCCGUCAGAAGCCUGCUGCUGGUGGAAGAUGCGCUGUGGGCAGCCUCAGGAGGGCAGGUGUUUAUGGCCAGUGUGGAGACCCACACUAUAGAGAGUCAGCUGGAGGUUCACCAAGAUGAAGGGAUGGUCAUCUCCCACAUGGCUGUGGCUGGCGUUGGUAUUUGGAUUGCCUUCACCUCAGGAUCCACCCUUCGCCUCUUCCACACGGAGACCCUGAAGCACCUACAGGACGUCAACAUUGCUGCCCCUGUGCACAGCAUGCUGCCAGGGCACCAGCGUCUGUCUGUCACAAGCCUGCUUGUCUGCCAUGGUUUGCUAAUGGUUGGCACCAGCCUGGGUGUUGUCGUGGCUCUGCCAGUCCCUCGCCUGCAAGGUAUCCCCAAAGUGACAGGGAGAGGCAUGGUCUCCUACCAUGCCCAUAACGGACCUGUCAAGUUCAUUGUCAUGGCCACAGCACUGCAGAAGAACGUCAAGAACAGAGCCAGGGACAGCCCGCCUUCUGGUCCCGAGCCCCAGGAUGAAGACCCCAAGGACACACUACCUGGCGAGGAGGGCAUUUCCUGCCUGGGCCAGAGUAACCCCAACACAGCCGUUUGGUUGGGAGACUCUCUGGGAUUGAUGACUCAGAAGAGUGACCAGUCUUCAUCCUCAGGGUCAUUGAGCCCGUCCCACGGCUCCAGCUCCCUAGACCACAGAUCUGUGGACAGCAGCCUGUGUGACCUCCUGAAGGACCCCAGCGCCUCCUCGGGGAACAAGGCACAGCGCUCUAGGAGAGCCAAGGCCAGCUCAGCACUGGUGGUAUGUGGGGGUCAGGGCCACCGGCGUGUGCACCGGAAGGCCAGGCAGCCAUCCCAGGAGGAUCUGGUGUCGUCGGUGAUGGUGUGGCAGAUUCCACUGAUGAGCACAUAGGCCAGAAAGCACUUUCUGGCAUGAGGGUGGUUAGGCCAGGGAGGCUCUCAGUUGGGUGCAGGCUGAGUGCCGAGGCUACGUCCAUACCACAGGGACCAACUGAAAACAGUGUGGGAAGAAAUGUGCAUUGGUCACGUGGCUGCCUGCCGUCCACCCCUGUUUUCCCACAGCACAACUGAGUCUAGACUCGCUAAGGAGGUAGAGUGGUUGUGGCUUUUGAGCCGUUGAGUCAAGUUCUUGGAUAGUGCCACAGUCUGCUGCCUCGUCUACCUGAAAUGCAAAGCACAGCGUGGCUUCCACUGAAGGCCACAUCAUUGUCUUAGAGAGCUGAUGGGAAAGGUAGCAUCCGGUAGUGUAGACGGUCAUUAACAACCCUUAAAACCGUCGUACUUGACUCAGAUUCACUGCUGUUAUUUAUAAUUCUAUAUUUUUUAAUUCCAGAAUAAGAUUUAUAACAUGUUAAAAAGCCAGGUAACACAUCCCAGUCCAGUUAGGGUGCUUUGUUUGCAAGUGAGCAGAGUUUUCCAAGGCUAACUGAUUGUGUGUACUGUACCCUUUAACAAAUAGUUUUUAUACGCAUUUUUCUAUCAAAUUAACAGCACUUUAGUCAAUUUAUUAUCUAUAGCAUUUUACAUAUAACCUUUGCUUUGAACCAAAAUGUUCUUUCAACAUCUGGAUUCUAGCAACAAUGCCAAGUUGUGCAAAAUAGUAUUAAUAUCUAUAUGGGACCUAUGCAGGUGCACCCAUGUAGGGAUUGUGCGGGAAGAGCCUUCUGUAAAAUUCUGUGCACCUGCUGACCAAGUGCCACCCAUGUUUGAGCACUCAUCCUGAGUGGCUGUGCUGAUCAGCCCUGUCUGCUGUUGGCAUGGAACUCUGCCCCCACUGCCUGCCAUGCUGGUGACUCCCCCCCCAAAAAAGAAUGCAUAGAGUCACACUCGGCACUCCCGAGCCAGAUCGCCAGAUCCCCAUGUCCAGAGGCGUGAAUCACCCGUGAACUCUGUCUGUUCCACCUGUAUCUCUACAAUAUUUUGCUAGGUGGAUGACAAGAAUUGAAAAGGAAAAGAAAAAAAGCCUAAGACAGAUGAUACUCACCAGAACAAACUUUUCAGCACUUUAAAAACGACUAAAAAUGCUAACUUUUGACUUAGCCAGAUAUUUUCUGAAUUGCAUAUAUAUUCCCAAGCUUUCUCAAACUGUUAGCUGGUAUCUUAUUUGAUAAAAUAAAGACUUUUUUUUUAGAAUGCA